UAAACAGGAAUCGUUGAUUUUGUUAAAGUCCCUUAAAAGGUUGGACUGCGAUAUACGUAUUCUUAAGUGAGGUCAUGAAAACUUGAGCAAGAAACUGGACAGCUGGGUGGGAGGAAACCAGAAAGAAAGAGAGAAGAAAGUGGCAGAGAGCAAUUGGUUGCAGCAAGAAACUUUCUUUAGUACUGACUUGGACGUUGCGUCGUAAGAGGCUCGCAAGCAAGCAUAGACUAGACAGAGAAACAGUGAUUGGGAGUAAGACUCUUGAUUUUGUGAGAGCAUAUUAUUAUCUAUAUAUAUAAAAAAAUAUUUUUCUUGUAGCAGAUAACUCUUCCCUGUGCGCCUAAUGACCUAGCUUCGUUCUACUUCCUAAACAAUUCGAUUAGCAGUUGCUCUUUGAAGGCUGACCUUUGAGGGCCAGUUUUGGAACACACAAAAGAAGAGGAAGAAGAAGAAGAAGAAGAAAAAAAAAAGAAGAAGAAGAAGAAGAAGAAGGGGUAAAUAAAUAAUCUACUUAAUUAAGCAUGCAGGAGCACCCGCAGUUCAGGUCGCGCACUUACCAUUCGACCGAUGGCAAGUCGCUGGCCUACCACAGGACUGUCAUCAUCGCCCUGACGGUUGUUGGUUUCAUUCUUUGGAGCACAUGCAUCGGUGUCCCUGCAGGAUUCUGCUUUAGUACAAUGUAUUCAACAGACUAUUUUAAUGGAUUCCUGUUGGUGGUGGUGAACUCCGCUUACAUCAUCUGUGCCUUCCAGACUCUCAGUCUUAUCACAAGCGACAACUUCCCAACGGCAGGCAGCCUGAAAAGCCUUAGGAAUCUGAUCUCUCUGUCUUGGGCAGCUGCAUUGGUUGGCUUCUCUGUCUUCAUCUCCUCCACAUUACAUUUUGCAAUAAUUGAUCGACGCCCAGUAGCCUUUGGAUGCAGUUUCUCAGUCUUCUGGAGCAUCUUUGUUGUGAGCUGGAUCACCAUUUACUACAGAAAAUGUUGCAAUGUGUUGGCAAAAGCGGAAAAUUUCAGCGGUGACCCGGGUGCUGCCUUCGGAAGCAGCAGUCCUCCGACGAUGACAACAACUGCUUAUCCCGUGGAGACAAGCGAAGCAGCCUGCCAGAUACAAAUUCUGACCGAAAGCCAACAGCAGCAACUACAGCAGCGACUACAGAAACUACAGCAGCAACAACAGCAACUACAGCAGCAGCAACAGCAACUACAGCAGCAGCAGCAGCAACAAAAUCAAGUGAUCAUGAUAAAUGAUACCCAACAAGGAGUCCAUUACAUUCAUAGGCCACUUGGGUCUGACACAGCUGCCUCUGCUCCAUCUUUUGUUUACCUACCACAGAGCAGUGAUGCAUUAGGGAGUACUCUCUAACUGCGUUCAGCAUCCUGUUGCCUGAUUUUGCCCCAAACACAUAACACUGCCGGUAAAACUGAAGUGGCGUCUAUUCUGCGUUAGUGUAGAGAAAAUUUAUCGUUUUUGUAGGUGCUAAGUCUUGCAGAACGCGGCUAUAAGCAGAAGCGGUGAGCGGGAGACUGGGAAUUUCAAAUCCAAAUGUCUUUUUCUGUGAUGUUAGGUGAUACUCGUACUGCAUGUUCAGUUCCACAAGGGGAAUAGAUGUGAAAAAAUGUAAAAACUAAUUUAAAAACGCCGGCAGUGACAUGUUUCAUACAAUGCCCAACAGGAUAUGGGCCAGAUGUUGAAUCGUCCACCUAAUUGACAGUGUCAAAAAUUGCCAUUUAUUCACCUUGAAUAAAAAUUUCCUAGUUUUUUUAUGAGUACUUGUUUUGAAGUAUUUCCCAGUUUCUAUGAAAAAUAUGUUGAUAUAUGAUUAUUUUGCUCCACAGAAGUAGUUUUAUUAUAUUAACUAUAGCAAUGAGUUGGUAUAAAUUAGUACAUUGAUAUUCAAAGUAAAAACCACUUUUUUUGCAUAUUUUGUCCAUCUCUAUAAAAUUAGAUGACGUAUCAUUACAGUGUUGUCAAACUUCUUCUUGUGGAGACUAUAUAUAUUAUUUUCUUAUUAUAAGGGCACAUGCCAGUAAUUUAUGCUUGCCUUCUGGACGAAAUCCCUUUUUUUUUUGUAUGUUGGGUUACGAUUGAAGCACUUGAUCUUUGUUUUUAAAUUGAUGUUUGUUACGUAACCCUGUAAUUUUGUAGAUGUGACACUGUGUUAUGCAAUGUACUCCUCCCGAGUUUUCUUCUAGGGUGGAAAGGUGAAUCUCUCGGAUUUGAGCAUCUGACUCCACGAAGGCAAGUAAGAGAAGGUAUUCUUGUAGAAUCCAGCCACAUCACCUCGUGAACUGUCGUUGCCAUUGCAGUAACUUCAUCAUAAGGAUAUUCUGAGAUCCUGUUUGCCAUUUAUGUUUUACUUCUAUCGAAGUAACGUAACGUUUUGUUAAUAAUUUUUGCAGUAAUGUGUUAGUUUUCUUGCUUCUUAACGUAAUUUGGAUAAUUGUUGUGUUCUUUAAAUAUUAAUUAUAUGUGUUAAACCUUUACAUACGUGUGGCAUCACCCAAAAAAGAAUUGGUACAGGAUAUACAGUUGAUUGUUUCUCAACUGCACUUUUGUUGAAUAAAAAUGCAAUGUUUCUUGACUUUAAGUAAUUUAGUAAACUCCUCAGCACUGUAACUUGGUCUCAAUCAAAGCUAGUGCAGGAGGGCUUAAGGUUGAAUGAAAUCGUACCGAAUGUGGCCCUAAAAUUCAGUUUAGUUUCACCACAGACAGGUUUCUUUGUUUUGUUCUGUUUUCCGGCGCCUUUCUUUGGAAGACCUUUUGGUUAAGCGUUACGCACACCAUGUGAAUGCACAUUUAAAAGAAACUUGAGCAAAAUAAAAUUGUGAAAUUUAUUAAAAAAUAA